GAGUGAGGUCGCGAGGGAGCGCGUUACCCGGCAUGCAGCGGGAGGCGCGUUCGCACCAAGAUGGCGGCGCCUCUGGAGGAGUACGAGAAAGAAGCGGGCUGCGUCCCUAUCCUGCACCCUGAGGAAAUCAAGCCUCAAGCACAUUAUACCCAUGGAUACAGUGAAUCACUUGGGCGCAAAAGUCACAUUGAUGAUUAUAGCACAUGGGAUAUCGUCAAAGCUACACAGUAUGGAAUUUAUGAACGUUGUCGAGAGUUGGUGGAAGCGGGCUAUGAUGUACGGCAACCAGAUAAAGAAAAUGUUACACUUCUUCACUGGGCUGCAAUCAACAACAGAUUAGAUUUAGUGAAAUACUACAUAUCAAAAGGUGCUAUUGUUGACCAGCUAGGAGGGGACCUGAACUCCACACCACUUCACUGGGCAACAAGACAGGGUCAUUUAUCAAUGGUUGUACAGCUAAUGAAAUAUGGUGCAGAUCCAUCAUUAAUUGAUGGGGAAGGAUGCAGUUGUAUUCACUUGGCAGCUCAGUUUGGACAUACCUCUAUAGUUGCUUAUUUAAUAGCCAAGGGGCAGGAUGUAGAUAUGAUGGAUCAAAAUGGAAUGACUCCUUUGAUGUGGGCAGCUUAUAGAACACACAGUGUGGACCCCACUCGGUUGCUACUUACUUUUAACGUUUCAGUGAAUCUGGGAGACAAAUAUCAUAAGAACACAGCACUACAUUGGGCAGUGCUAGCAGGAAAUACCACAGUGAUUAGUCUUCUUCUAGAAGCUGGAGCAAAUGUUGAUGCCCAAAAUAUCAAGGGUGAAUCACCACUUGAUUUAGCAAAGCAAAGAAAAAAUGUUUGGAUGAUAAACCAUCUACAGGAGGCAAGGCAGGCAAAGGGAUAUGACAAUCCAUCAUUUCUCAGAAAGCUGAGGGCUGAUAAGGAAUUUCGUCAGAAGGUGAUGCUGGGAACACCUUUCCUAGUUAUUUGGCUGGUUGGCUUUAUAGCCGACCUAGAUAUUGAUUCUUGGCUCAUUAAAGGACUAAUGUAUGGUGGUGUUUGGGCUAUGGUUCAAUUUCUUUCCAAAUCAUUCUUUGAUCACUCAAUGCAUAGUGCACUGCCUCUUGGAAUCUACCUAGCAACAAAAUUCUGGAUGUAUGUGACAUGGUUUUUCUGGUUUUGGAACGAUCUAAAUUUUGUGUUCAUCCACCUUCCAUUUCUUGCUAAUAGUGUUGCACUUUUCUACAAUUUUGGAAAAUCUUGGAAAUCAGACCCAGGAAUAAUUAAAGCCACAGAAGAACAAAAGAAAAAGACAAUAGUGGAACUUGCAGAGACAGGAAGUCUGGACCUCAGUAUAUUCUGCAGUACCUGUUUGGUAAUACGGAAACCGGUGAGGUCCAAACACUGUGGUGUGUGCAAUCGAUGUAUAGCCAAGUUUGAUCAUCACUGCCCCUGGGUUGGUAACUGCGUAGGAGCUGGCAACCAUCGUUAUUUCAUGGGCUAUCUAUUCUUUUUACUAUUCAUGAUUUGCUGGAUGAUUUAUGGAUGUAUCUCUUACUGGGGAAUCCACUGUCACACUACUUACACAGCAGAUGGAUUUUGGACAUAUAUUACACAAAUAGCCACCUGUUCACCUUGGAUGUUCUGGAUGUUUUUGAAUAGCGUGUUUCACUUCAUGUGGGUGGCUGUGCUGCUAAUGUGUCAGAUGUAUCAGAUCUCUUGUUUAGGUAUUACUACAAAUGAAAGGAUGAAUGCAAGACGAUAUAAGCACUUUAAAGUUACAACAACAUCUAUCGAAAGCCCAUUUAACCAUGGAUGCAUAAGAAACAUUAUAGACUUCUUUGAAUUCAGAUGCUGCGGUCUUUUUCGUCCUGUUAUUGUGGACUGGACAAGGCAGUAUACAAUAGAAUAUGACCAAACAACUGGAAGUGGCUACCAGCUAGUGUAACACCCACCUCCAAACCUGUGAGCAUAUCGUAUCUGAGUGGUGCCUGAAAAUUUGUUUCUCUCAAAUCCACAUCCCUUGAACAGUAGCAUGCUAUGAAUAGAGCUAACGGUGAAUCUAAUGGUACCUUCUCUACAUCAGUUUUAUUAACAGAUGUAAUCAAAGGACAGAAUAAACUGCCAAUCCUGACAACGAGGAGGAAGAUGAGAAAGGGAUUUUAACUGUCCUUACCGUGGGAAUGAUUCACAAAGACAUAUUCACGCCAUUUUAUUUCCUUUUAACUGCUUUCACAAUGGAGCAUGAGAUUGUUAAAAUACAAACAUACUAAAGUCAUGCUGGGCUGAACAUUAAAUAUUUAUUUCAUAAUUUGAACAAUUUCAUUGGAAUUAAAGUCAAAUUUUACAAAGCAGCCAGACUUUGAGAUCAAUGUAUUAUAUUUCCUGUAAUGGAAUUUUUGUACAGAUUUGCUAUAGUAUUAUGUGCAUUGAAAAUGUGCAUUCAGUACUCCGAAGAAUCAUGUGGUCUUAUUGGGAAUCCACCAUAAAGCGUGAAGUUGUUGGAAGCAGGACACAGAAGGAUGUUAGUCACAAAACUGUUACGUAAUGUAAUGGCUGUUGGCUGUUAAAGCUGUCUUGUUUCCGAUAUAUUGAAUUACUCGUAAUAAGCCUUGUGUGAAGAUGUAUAUUCGGGGAGGGUGGGUGAAGUUGCACAAAAUUACAUCUCUCUUGUCCAGUAUAAAGCCCUACUUAGGUGCAUGAUACGACUUUUGAAAAUUAGACCACAAACUAAAAUAUAGCAUAAUAAUCUGCAAAAACUAAAUAAAGACGUAUAAUAUAUGCAGUCAGUGAAAUUCUGGUACCUAAGUAGUAGGUACAGUUCUGCAUGAUGUAGUCUACAGUCAUUGGAGCGUUUGAAGAUGUGCGAAGUCAUGUAGGUGGAACCAAAGAGUGAAAGGACCAACUCUCAGUAAUGGGGGGUGGGGUGGGGAAGGAUAUGACUGCAGUUAAAUUAAAUGUGGCUGCUGGAGAAGUAAAAACUGAUUAACAAAUAACUCUUUUGCUUUACAUAAAAUGAUGGCGUUCAAGCUAAAGAAAGUUAUAAUUCCUUUGUAGCAGAUUUAAGUGG